AUGUCCGUCUUCGUCGACCUCGAUUACGAGCUUCCGGCGGCUCCUGCCAGCUUCAAGCCCGGACAGUCCUCCGCCUCCGCCCUCUCGGCCCCCACCACCCACGUCCUUCAACCCGUCGGACCCGCUUUCCUCGCCCACAAGCGUCGUCAGCUCAACAACCUCACCUUUGCCGAGGACGACAAGAUCAUCUCCGACUCUCUCGCUGCCGCUGCUGCCGCCGCUCAAGCAAACGGCGACGACGAUGCAGGUGUCGGUGACGAGGAUGAGUCCGAGGAGCUGCUUGCUCGCGAUCCCAAGGAGUGGAAGACCCAGGACCACUACGCCGUCCUCGGUCUGUCCGCAUUGCGAUGGAAGGCCACUCAGGAGCAGAUCAAGAUCGCUCACCGCAAGAAGGUGCUCAAGCACCACCCGGACAAGAAGGCUGGCUCUUCCGGUCUCACUUCGGAUGACUCGUUCUUCAAGUGCAUCGCCAAGGCACACGAGAUCCUGAGCAACCCCGAGAAGCGUCGUCAAUUCGACUCUGUCGACGAGUCCAUCGACGACGAGAACGUCCCCACCGGCAAGGAGCCCGCCGACAAGUUCUACUCGCUCUGGGCUCCCAUCUUCGAGCGCGAAGGCCGCUUCUCCGAACCCAAGAACGGUCCCGUCCCCCACCUCGGCGACGCCAACUCCACCCGCGACCAGGUCAACGAGUUCUACGACUUCUUCUACAACUUUGACUCGUGGAGGUCGUUCGAGUACCUCGACAAGGAGAUCAACGAGGGUUCCGACAACCGCGACGAUAAGCGAUACACCGAGAAGAAGAACCGCAACGAACGCGCGCGCAGAAAGAAGGAGGACAACGCACGCCUCCGCAACCUCGUCGACAAGGCUCUCUCUGUCGACCCGCGCAUCAAGCAGUUCAAGGCCGACGACAAAGCCGCUCGUGAGGCCAAGAAGAACAAGGGUCGUCCUGGCGUCAACGGUGCCGCUGGCGCUGUCGAUCCUCGCAAAGCCGCCGAGGACAAGAAGAAGGCCGAGGAAGCUGCCAAACUCAAAGCUGAGCAGGAAGCCGCCGCCGCCGAACAGGAGAAGGCUGCCAAAGCAGACGCCAAGAAGCUCAAGGAAGCAGCCAAGAAAGCCAUCAAGAAGGAAAAGAAGGCGCUCAACAAACUCAUCACCGACAACAACUACUUCUCCUCCUCGGCCCCCACCCCGCAGAUCAUCGAAGCUCAACUCAACGAACUCGACGCUCUGUGCGAAAAGCUCGAAGCCGCCAAGCUCGGAGAGUACAGGAAGAAGGCCGAAGCCGCAACCGGUGCCGAUGCUGUUAAGAGCCAGUUCGUCAACGCUGCCAAGGAGGCUGGUAUCGAAACUUCUGCUUUCGCUUAA